AUGAUGUCUGCGAACGCUAAGAACAACUGCACCAAGAUGCAGUUGCGCAGUAGUGGCAAAAUUAAGAAAACUCCGAUUUCCCGUUGCCAAAGUGUGGAACCAAAUGCGAAACUUGCUGGAAAUCAUAAUCGCGGAAACAGACGAAUUUCAGCAAUUUCGAGAAAAGUCAAAAAUUCUGCUAGAGGAUCAAACAUCAAAAAGGAAACCGAGCGAAAUCUUCAACCAACUGCUGAAGAGCUCCCUGACGAUGCAACUCACGACGAGGUUCCCCGAUAUGACUAUGGCGAAGCAACUCCCGAAGAAGUGCUCCUAUACGGCCCUGACCCCCGUAAUAUACCAGCAAUGCAAUUCAAAACAGAGAACAAUCCAGAAUUCCUUGAAUACUCAAAAUGCUUCGAUCAAUGGGACCAAGAUAUGGCCACUCUUGGAGGAAUGAUUCAACUUCAUCAGUACUGCUAUGAUGUGUACACCAAGUAUCGUGAUCCAGUUUACCGCGACGCCGCCGAUUUCUUCAAAGACGCUGAUCCGUACUGUAUUUUUGUCACCAACAUCCACCCGAUCCGCAUGGUCUACAUGAGAAUAUACACAUGCAACGAAGUCGAACCGUGGUACCGCGAUUUGUACUCUUAUCGUGAUUACAAAUCAAAGCCAUUUAUCAAGGAUCAGUACGACGUGGAUAAGGAAACCAGUUUUGACCUGCUCUUUUAUCGUCUUGGACGUGAUGCAUGGAAAAUAAUGAUAGAUGUGAUAGGCGACCUCGAGGCGUGGUGCACUCGAAUGUUCCAACAAGAAAACAAGUCGGAGUUUGACACAGGAAUCGAUUUCUGGAGUAAGGCGUCUCCUUUCGAUUUUGGAAGAAACUACCAACUGAUUCUGAUUCUUACUAAAAGGAAGAAUUGGAAGCUCUUUGUUGCCCACAAACUGUUCAAGCCUCUCUACUAUCAGCAGCGGAUUGCUAGCACUAGAAGAAACAACGUCUUCAUGUUAAGAGAUGAAGAAGCUGCAUCUCUGAGUGUCUAUCUCUAA